CAAACACGCUUCUCUUCUUUCCCAAUUCCUCUUCCCAAAAUCAUUUUUACAAUAAAAAAACAAUUAAAUAAAACCCUCCAAACCAAAACAUAUUAAAAUUAAUUAAUUCCCCUCCCAAAAAAAAAAAUACCAUCUCUCUGCCUUUUCUCUCUCAUUUUCUCAUCCAAACACAUCGCACGCAGUAGAGAGAGAAAAACUGUGUUUUAGAGAGAGAGAUAAGAUCUCAUCAUCUUCUUCACAAUAUCUUAUUGUAUGGCGUCGUUCGUUUGAUUAGAUUUUCCCAAACCCUGAUCUUGUUUUCUCUCUCUUCAGAGAAAAAGAUCUGAUUUUGUUUUUGAUUUUUUUUGGUUUUACUCGGCGUGGUUGGCGAUGCGGAGAGGCAGAGCAGCCGCGGCGGCGAAGCAAGCGGCGGCGGCGGGGACUCCGCAGCCUGGAAAUGCCAACGGAUCUGGAGGAUCUCAGGAGAUUAGGUUCCGGGGAGUGAGAAAGAGACCGUGGGGGAGAUUCGCCGCCGAGAUCAGAGACCCGUGGAAGAAGACGCGCGUGUGGCUCGGCACCUUCGACUCAGCCGAGGACGCCGCUAGAGCCUACGACGCCGCCGCUCGGACGCUGCGGGGCCCAAAAGCCAAAACAAACUUUCCGUUACCGAUUAAUUCGCACCUACCCCCAUACCCUCACCACCAAUUUAUUCAUACCUCAAAUGCCCCUCACGAUCCGUUUAUCGAUCCCCGGAUGUAUAGUCAAGACCCGCAGAUUAUUUCCACGCGCCCCACCUCCAGCGGAAUGAGUAGUACAGUGGAGUCGUUUAGUGGGCCCCGGCCGCCUCGGCUGCAAACCACCACGCCGCCGGCUCGCCACCAUCCUCGCUCGCCGCCGGUCGUUCCCGACGAUUGCCACAGCGACUGCGAUUCUUCUUCCUCCGUCGUCGAAGACGGCGACUACGAAAACUUCGCCUCCUCUUCUUUCAGAAAGCCGCUCCCUUUCGACCUCAACAUGCCGCCGCCUAUGGAAGCCGUCCACGCCGGAGCCGAAGCCGAAGCCGACGAUCUUCACUGCACAGCUCUAUGUCUCUGACCGGCGGCGGCUCAUCUUGGCUUCCUUUAUUAGAAGCCAAAUUGAUUGCGUAGUAUUUACUUGAUUUUUUAUUUUCCUUUUUUUUUAUUGGCGGUGACGAAAAAAAAAAAUCCGAAAAUCCCAAAUCAUCCUUAGGGCUAAGAUUAAACUACGAUGAUAAAAGGGGCAGGUUAUGAGUCUGUUGUUUGAAGAGAAUUCACUUUUUAAAAAUUUUAAUUUACUUCUGAGAUUAUAAUUCUGAUGGUAAUCAUGAUGAGUUGGAUUGGAUCGGAUCAGUGUGUGUUGAUAUAUAUUAUCUUGUUAUGUCUUCAACUCUCUGGAUAAAAGACAGGACGAUUAUUAUUGUUGUUGAAGUCGAAUUUAUCAUAUGUAUUAUAUCAACAUGAUGUAAACUUUGUGGGAACAUUCUGCUCUUACUAUGUUCCCCAUUUUCUGGUCCAUAAGGGUUGCUACUGCUUGUAUGUAUCAAUGUAUCUUUUGCUUCUGGUCCUUUAAUGUAACAAUCAAGUCUAUCUAUUAAUGCUAGUUUAGAUCAAA